AAAAGGAAAUGUCGUUAAAUAUUUGAACUGUCACCAACUUUAACAAGCUUUUUAAAAAUCCACUAUUACACAAUUUUGACCCUCGUUGUUUCCUGUACACGUUGGUCCCAGUGUAUGGGAGUGUCAGUGCUGAGGAAAAAGCAGCCGCCGUGUCCGUUGUUUAGAAAGAAGGAGAAGUGUUCACACUUGACAGCAGAAAUGACCAGCCAUUCAUCGACCCCUUUCGAAAACAUUAGAUAACGAACCAGUUUAUUCAACGAUAUACUGCCGUUUAAUACUCCGUAAAGUUGUUACGCAACUCUACGAUGUUUUCAGUCGGGGAAGCACAGCAGUAACAGACAGAAGUCCACUCCGCCUGCCUGCCUGUCUGCCUGUCCGGACCAGGUUGAAUGUACCUGCUGCCAGCGUAUCUGGGAUGCGUUUUAACGAAAAGGAGAUGGUCUCUUUGAGCCGCCAGCCUUCGGAGAUGGCAGCCGAGUUAGGAAUGCGGGGACCGAAGAAAGGAGACGUUGUCAAGAGGAGGCUAGUGAAACUCGUCGUUAACUUCCUGUUUUACUUUCGGAUUGAUGAAGAGGAACCAAUUGGAGCUUUGCUGUUGGAGCAGUGUCGAGUGGAGAAGGAGGACAAACAGACUUUCUCUAUUGCGUUUCUAGAUGAAGCAGAGAGGAAAUACGUGUUUGAAUGUGACUCCGAAGACCAAUGUAAAGAAUGGAUAGAUGCUAUUAUCAAAGCCAGUUAUGAGUUUAUGAGGAAGAACCUGAUAUUCUAUCGAACUGAAAUCCACAGACUCACGGGAAAGGACCCUUUGGAGCAAUACGGUAUAUCUGAUGAAGCUCGCUUCCAAGUCAGCAAUGGUCUGCAGGCUUUGCCCAGAGAAUCCUCCUCACUGUAGACUGUGUAAACCCUGCUAUAGUUCUCUCAGCCAUUCCAGCAUUUAUUAUUUCACUGGUUUGAAAAACCACUGCCUCUCUGUUUACACAGUACUGCGCUGCUCUGUGUGGUUUGGGGACUUCUGUGUCCUUGGCAGUAAUUACUGUCGGGACAGAUCUUUCUAAAUCUCUGUUUUCAUGAGAAACUUCAACGCCAUUUCAAGGGAAAAGCUCAGUCCCCGACCUCUUGAGUUAUGAGUCUAAUAAGUUUUAUAUGACGCUUUCCAUUUGCUCUUCUCCACAUGCAGAUAAUAUAUUGAAAUGUCGGGAUUAUUGUUUUUUAUUCUGUGAUUACUUCUGUAAAUUUUAGUGAGUGUACAAGUCCAGGACACAGGAAUAUUUGGUGCAAACCAAACGCAAGUAAAUUCUUUAGGAGAGUUUCCAUUUAAAUUGAUUUAAACUGCAAGAACUGCUGUGCUGAGCCACACUUUUGCUCACUUUUUUUUGUAAAAAUGAGGAUUACUAGCUGUGUCUGACUGCAUUCACCAUGUAAAGCUACACUUUUGCACGUAAGCGGGAAUUAGGGGGUUGUUUUUUUUUUAUUAUUAUAACAGUAGUUGCUGACUUGAAUCUUAAAAAAACAUGUUCUGUCAAAGUGAAUCUGAUUGUUCAAGCGAUACUUUUGAACCACUCAGAAAUAAAUGCAUAUUCUUCAAAAUCACAUCAAUGUUUGCAAAGUUUUAGCAAAAUUAUAAGAUUUCUUUCAAGCAGCCAUAUUUCCAUGUAGGGCAUUGCUGUAAUAUUUAACUGUCUUUUUAGUUUUUUUGAUUACACAAUAAAACAACUUACUUGAAUGUA